AUGUAUGGGCCUAAAAUAGAAGAUGCACAAAAAGAGGAAGAAGAGAAGGAUGCCAAUCUUGCAAAAAUGCGUUUAGAGUUGGAGAAAAACGAAAAAUUUUAUAAAAACAAAAAAAGAAGAGAACAACAACAUAUCGAAAAUAAAGAAAAUUUGACAAAAAAUAUUUCAACAAAAAUUGAAAAAUCUUCAUCAAAAGAUGGUUGGGAGGAUGUGGAAUUGGAAUUAGACAGUGAACCUAAAAUUGAAAGAAUUGAUGGUUGGUCUGAUGCUGAUUUGGAUAUGGAUGAUAUUCCUGAACGAAAAUUAGUAGUACAUAAAAGCCCUAGUCAUGAAAAGGCUUCUGUAAAUAUAGUUGAAUAUAAAAAUGAAGAAGAACAAACAGCACCAUAUGAACCAACAAAUAAAGAUGAACAAGUGCAAUUAUUUGAUGAAAAUAAAAAAAUGCUUGAGCGAUUUACAGCAACUGAUUCAGAAUUGCAUUUAAUUGAGUCUAAAGUAGCCGAAAUUCAACGACUUCAAAAUGUGUUUUCAGAAAAGAUUUGUGAACAAGAGCAAAAUAUUGAUUUAAUCCAUUCAAGGACUAUUUACACUUUGGAUAAUUUACAACAGGCAAAUGAUUAUAUUCGAGAAGCUAUUAAAAAUCAAGCUAAUCGGAGAGUUAUAACGAUAUUUUGUUUGUUAGUUUUGACGUUUACUUUACUCUUUCUUGACUGGUAUAAUCCAUAA